AUGGAUUUACAUGAGUCAAUGGUAACCUACAAGCAAUUUGGCUCUGUGUUCAUACAAGUGCAUGGUCAGGAGAGAUCCAAUCUCCUCAAAGUCAUCAAGGACUGUGCUGGCACAUUAUUUGCUCCAUAUAACAUUUCACUAGAUCUCUUUACUGGAAAGCCCACUUGUAAGAAGGACAACAAGGCAUGCCUGGUGCUCUUGAAGAAGGAUGGAGUCAGAGAAUACACCCAUUUUGUACCCAUUCUUUUUGCAGAUCCUAAGCAGAUGGUUACUGGAGGCUUCUUGAAGAGUCCCAUCCUAGUUAAGGUUAUCCAUGUCCUGAUGUUUGGAAAAUCAAUCCUUGCAGAAAACAAAUGUGGACAGCCCCCAGCCAGGGGUCAGAAGAUGGGUGUGCUGAGCAUUACUGAGGGCCUGAUUGCUGGUGCCUGCAUCUUGGUUCAAUUCCUAUUGUCACAUGAUCCUGAAUUAAGUGCUACUGGUGCAGAAACACAGGUCAACUACUGA